CAUUCCACACAUCUGAUUAGGUGAAUCAUUCUCUUUAUCUUCCUCUUCUUCAUAAAUUCAACACCCAACGACCCUCUCUCUCUCAUCCACAGAGGCACAACAAACCACCUUGUGAAGAUGGUGGGUGCUAUCAAGGCUGCUCUCGGUGACGCAGUGUUAACAUUCAUGUGGGUUUUUUCUUCUUCCAUGUUGGGUAUAGUUUCAAAGGCAAUAACACAAGCACUUGGUCUUCAAGACGUUUCGUACAACGGUUUCCCUUACCCUUCUUUGAUUGUCACCACUACCGUUGUGUUUCUUCUCGUUUUUCUCUUCACCUUGAUCGGUGCUGCAAUGGGUGGUGCCAGCUUUAACCCUACUGGUACUGCUGCCUUUUACUCCGUUGGUAUUGGUUCCGAUACGCUUUUUUCCAUGGCUCUUCGUUUCCCUGCCCAGGCUCUUGGUGCUGCGGGUGGUGCAAUGGCAAUUGCGGAGUUGAUUCAUCCGAAAUAUAGACACAUGAUUGGGGGUCCUUCUUUGAAAGUGGACUUGCACACUGGGGCUGCUGCUGAAUUGGUUUUGACAUUUGUGAUUACUUUUGCAGUCCUCUGCAUUUUCAUCAAGGGGCCUCGUAAUGAUUUAUUGAAGAUUUGGUUGCUGGCCAUGUCAACCGUCACUUUGGUCAUGGUUGGCUCUGCUUACACUGGUCCGUCUAUGAACCCAGCCAAUGCCUUUGGUUGGGCAUACUUGAACAACUGGCACAACACAUGGGACCAAUUCUAUGUCUACUGGAUUUGCCCCUUCACUGGAGCAAUAUUGGCUGCUUGGCUAUUCCGCGCCAUCUUCCCUCCACCAGAAGUAAAGCAGAAGAAAAAGAAAGCAUGAUAGUUUUUUUUUUUCUCGCGUCAAUUUGUCAAAUAUGAAACAUGUUUCAGCUCAUGAUGGAACAUGGUUCAUUAAGUAUGAUAUUAAUUUGAAAUUGGUAGUGCUAAAUUAUUGGAGUCAUUGAUAAAUGGAUAAUUCAUAUAUUCAGUUUCUAAUUGGAAAAAUUCAAUAAGAUUUAAGCAGUAUCUAGGCUGUGUAUUGAUUUGAUUCA